AUGGUUAAUUCACUACUUGCUAUAUUAUUAGUCGUUAACUCGAGAAGUGGAAGUGGACACAAUUUUGUUUUCCAUUAUCCUAAAACUCCUCAAAGACGUGAUGAAAUAGAACAAUCAAUCCGUAAAGAAGAUAAUUAUGAUUUUGAUGAUGAAGAGGAGGAGAAAGAGAAAGGGGAUGACGAGAAUUAUUUUGAUGAGAAUUAUUUGCUAGAUAAUGAUACAAUUUCUUGGCCUUACGGACUUUCAGAUGACAUUGACACAAGAUCUUUAAAAUCAAAAGUUGAAGAAGAUGUUGAAGAAAAUGAUUUCAACAACAACAGCAGCUGCAGCGGUUGCAGCAACGUUAAUCAUAAUACAGAUAGCGAAAAUAAUGAACAAAAAGAAUCUUUUAACCAAUUGUUUGGAUUUGAACCUUCUUUAUUAGCCAAUAUUCUUUGUCCUAAGCUUAAAACUACUUCAAAAUUUCAAUUAUCAAUUGAUGAUAUAACUUUUGUUGGGCAACCACCACCUGAAUUAGAACUUUGUAGACAAGUAGACAAUAUCUAUAACAAUUUAAUUACAAAACUUACAGCUGCUCUACAUUAUGAACAACUUAGAUGUGGAUAUGUUAGCAAAGAAUCAGAAUUGAUUUUAUCAUUUAGAGAUUACUCAGAUAUUAGAACAAAGGAUGAUUUGAUGAACAUUAUUUUACAAAAGAGUUCUUUGGCUAAAACAAUCAAACAAGUUUAUGAUGCAAUAUCAACAGAUUCAAUAGCACAUGUUUUAGUCAAUGAUUACAUUGACCUCUCAUUACAAAUUCCUCCUCUUGUUCCAACAACUUUUAUUAAUUCUUCUGAUAAUGAUUUACAUGGCUACGAAUAUGCUCAUUACCCUGUGAUUGCUCCAUAUCAUACAUUAUUGCUGUUAGAAGAUGCUGAAGAAUUAUUGAAAAAUAUGCCUUUAGAUGCUAAUCCUACUCUAGUAAAUCUGGUACAAAUAUUGACACCUACACAACGUUUAGCAGAUCUAUGUACUUUAUUAGAUUGUUCUUUAGCACAAAUUUUUAGACUUGCGGCUCAUUUAAUAUUUUGGAGGAAAGCAAAAAUAAUUGAUGUAAUUAAUGUACGAAAUGUUUAUGUUGUUUCACCUACAGCAGAUAUGAAUUCAUUACCAAUACACAUUGAAUAUUUCAGGCAACACUUUCCAGCUUUGGAUCUAGUGACAAUUCUUGCAUCACUUUCUACUCAAAAACCUUAUUUUUUAAGAACCAAUUUAACGGAUCCUGUAGUAUUAAUAUCACCUUAUGAAAAAGCAUGUGAUAGUGAAAGAGAAUGGUUAAACAAAUUGGUGAUUAAUCAACCAAAAGAGACUGCAAAUCUUUUUGAAAGGUUAAUAAAAUAUUUUAAUGGAAAACAUCAUAUCGAAGAAAUCCUUUUUCGUGAAAGUAUCAAACCAAAAGAUUUAGAAAGUAUGCAGAGACCUGAUUUUUUAUGCACAGUAGAUGAGGUGCCAUUUUUAUCAGAAAUAAAACCACUUGGUACAAGUCCUCUACUAAAGAAAAAGGAUUUCAAAAAGUCCAUUAAAAGCCAAGAUGCAUUAAACCAACAGCUGGACUAUACAUGCAAUCCAAAGUAUUUUGAUCUACUAUUGAUUAAUGCAGGUUAG